AUGGAGGCCCAGAAUCCUGCAGUGAGGCCCUUCAAGUAUGUCCUUGUCCCUGCCGAUGACACCAAGGUACCAACCGAGAUAACGUUCUCUGGCGGCACUGACGAGGGGCUCCGUGCGUCGAUUCAGCAGUACUUCCGCAGACAACUCCUCUCACAGGACCAGAAGAACGAAAUGGCAAAACAUCUCGCUGAAAAAGCGAAGGAGGGUGAAAAGAAGGCGGAAGGCCAGACAACAGCCACGAGUGAGCAGCAGAACGAGAUGAUUGCGGAUUACCUCGAGCAGACAUCCUUUGAGAUUGUCCCGCUUCUCAUGCCAGGUCGUGGGAAUAAGUUCAUCGGCACCUCACUCUACAUUGACGACAGUGGCCGGUUUAAGGAUCUCUUACUCAACUCACGCGCGAGUAAGAUUGCCCAGCGCGACAUACGCGGCGACGCAUUCCUCUUGUGCAACCACGAUGACCCCGCUCUCGACGAGUGGAGCCGCGUCGACUGUACCCUCGCCCACUACGAAACACUCCUCGCUGACCCUCCCAUGACAAACUAUGACUCCUCCAAUCGCGCACAAAUGGCCUCUGCAGCGAUGCUGCGGGAGAAUGACACAAAACGCAUCAGCGAGGAGGAUGUGGUCAAGGCGAAGAAGGCCAAGGAGAACGGUAACGCCUUCUUUACAGCCGGUGACCUCAACGCGGCUGUGCUGGCGUACGCGGAGACCAUUGACCUCACAGAGGGGCGCCGCGAUCUGCUGCCCAACGAGGUGGAGGCAACUGCACUGCGAGUAUCAGCACUACUCAACCGCAGCCUCUGCCUGCAUCGUCUUGGAAAGAACGACGAUGCCGCGAAAGACGCCCGGGCGGCCAUCCACCUCGACGCAAAGAACGUGAAGGCGCAUCACCGACUGGCGGUGGCGCUCUGCAGUGGACGUGACUACGACGCCGCCUCUGUGGCACUCGAUGCAUGUGAGUCGCUUGGUGGGGCGACCACCGACACCGCAGCCGUUCGCCAAUCUAUCACAGAGGGGCGCAAGCGGCUUUUGCAAGAACAAAAACAGAAAUAUUCAAAGCUAUUCGCAUAA